AUGUUUAAUCUGAACAAAGCACCACUUGUCAACGGUCAGACCUUCCCCGCAUAUGAGAAGUAUAUUUUCGGAAGUGCAGUAUUCCCGCAAGUGUGUAAUAAUUUGAAUAUCCCGUUAGAAACAUACAGUCCUCAAAAUCAAGCAGACAUACUCAUCGUCGCCUCUUUUGGUUCGCUUAUUCCUGGGGAGUAUUUAAAGAAUUUUAAAUACUGCUGGAACGUACAUCCCUCUGACCUGCCCCUACAUCGAGGCGCUGCUCCUUUAACAGCAGCAAUCUUGUCGGAAGAGCGGAAAACACGAGUUUGCAUUCAAACAGUUGCUCCUAAAUUCGACGCUGGUCAGAUAUUGGCCCGGUCCGAGGAUGUAGACACAGAAGGCUAUAAUUUAUUGACGCUUGGCAUGGAGGCCGGAAAAAUAGGCGCCGAGCUUCUUACUAGCAUUCUUGAUGAGUUGCCCAAAUUGGAAUUGAAUGAUCAAGAAGGAAAGCCUUCCAUGACUAGGAAAAUGACCCCGGCAGAUCUUAUGAUCAGCCCAAAAGAUCAAACUGCAUCUGAGAUUUUGCGGCAAUCUCGGGCGUACCAUUUUCCUUGUAAGAUGAAAUUUUGCGGGAAAGAACUUCAUCCAAUAGGUCUAAGAGAGGAGUCUGCGAUACCGAAAGAACCCUAUGUAUGGAACAAAAGCAAGAAUAACAAACGUAUGGUCGUAAGAAUGCCUGCCGAUAUCGGAGAACUUCAAGAUGCCGCAAAAAGCCGCAGAGAAAAGCUGAUGGCGAUGAGAGCCAAGAGAAAAGGCGGCAAUGAAAACUCAACUGAAGAACCCGCACUGAAGCUCCGAAACUACAAGCCGCUUGACGAGAACAUAUCCAGAGACGAGAUCGAGCCCGCCGACGUUGAGCACGUUGAUGAGCAUGUUGAAGAGCUCGAAAAUGAAGCAAGCGCUCCAGUUCCUGGCGAAGACACAAACGAGCUUGACUUGAUUCAACUUGCUCCAAAGAAACCAGACUGGGAUCUAAAGCGUGCAAUCCAGCCGCGCCUCGACAGGCUUAAUAAGAAAACAGAGCGCGCGAUUGCUGAACUCAUUCGAGAGAGACUAAAGGGGUCUGCUGAUCUCGCCUCUCAAGUUGCUGCUGCUGGGCCCGAUGUGGACUUUGUUGACUAA